UCUAGAUUAGAUUGUAUGUUUGUACUUUAUAAACACCGGUUGUGCAUUUGUCUGUUUUAAAUAUUGUGACUGUUGUCUGGUUAUUAUUGGCUUAUGGGUAACAUAGAGAGUUUUAUUAGGCAUCGAUUUAGUUAAGUAGGUGAUAAGAUACCCCAAAAUUUGUACGAAUAUCUAUAUAGGACAUAACUGUCAUACUACCUACUUAAAUAAUCAAUUAUUGUUAUUAUAAAUUAUGAGAAAUUUCGUAAAACGACGAGAUUUAAAUCGAUAUGAAGAUCUGAUGAUAUGAAUCUCCACAAAACAUAUAUACUGAGUCUUCAUGGAAGAUAGAAUUAUCUCCAGCAUAUCGUAUAUUUGGCAACAAUGCGAUCUCGGGACCGAGUCGGUUGGUCGUGUGCCGACUAGAAUCAAUCGGAACGGAAUGAACGGUUAGCAAUAGAAUAGACGGUUAGUCUGACGUGCUUAUUAUACCAAGUGUACAAUGGACCUGCCGGAAACAUAUGUAAAGGGUUUUCACGAUGAGAAUGAAGUUAGGAAGAUGAAGUACUCUACUUUGGGCAGUACUGAACUGAAAGUAUCGCAGUUGUCGCUUGGUACUGCAGCUUUUUCUUACUUCUAUGGGGAUGUUGACCUAAAAGAAUGUAGACAGGUUGUCCAUGAGGCAAUUAAGAAAGGCAUCAAUUACAUCGAUACAGGUCCUUGGUAUGGUCAUGGACAGGCUGAGGAAAUAUUGGGAAAGUGUUUGGAGGGAAUUCCAAGGAAAGCAUACUACCUGGCUACAAAGGUGGGAAGAUAUGAGAAGGAUCCAUCGUUGAUGUUUGAUUUUUCUGCAGAAAAGUCAAAACGUAGUAUUGAAGACUCAUUGAGCAGACUAGGGACUGACUAUGUUGAUGUGAUUCAAGUACACGACAUUGAAUUUGCUCCAAGUCUAGACCUCAUUUUGAAUGAAACUUUGCCUGCAGUGCAAGGCAUAGUGAAUGAAGGUAAGGCAAAAUACAUUGGGUUAACUGGCUAUCCAGUAUCAACGCUCUGGGAAUGCAUCGAAAGAAGUCAUGUGCCCAUCAACAUGCUUCUAUCCUAUUGCAGAUUGACGAUGAUAGAUGAUACUUUGACAAAAUUUAUACCCAGGUUACAGGGAAAGAACGUGGGGAUAGUGAACGCAGCUGCGCAAUCCAUGGGUCUGUUGCGUAAUGCCGAACCACCUGACUGGCACCCCGCAGGAGAAGAAAUAAAAACUGUUUGCUCAGAAGCCAGACAGUAUUGCAAGGACAAAGGUGUUGAAUUAGGGAAGCUUGCGUUAUACUACAGCUUGCAACAUAAAGGAACUGCCACUGUACUUGUGGGAAUGAAUAACAGGCAGUUGCUAGACUUUAACCUACAGGUGCUUCAUGAGGGGUUAUCUCCAAACGAGCUGGCUGCUUAUAAUCACGUAUUGAAAAUUUUCGAAAAAUUGACAGUAAGACACUGGGAGAACAUUGAGGUCGAAAACUACAGAAAAUUUAUCUCUAGUGAAGCUGGAGGUGGAGGAUGUUCCAAAUAAACAUGUAAACAUAUAAUAUUGCUGAAUAAACUUAAUUUUCUCAUUGUUACAUUAUUAUAACCCUUCAAUAAAAGUGCACUAAACAGUUUGAAA